CCGGCAGGAGGCAGGGGACGGUGUCUUGCCGCGUCCUUGGAAACGCCGGUAGCUAAGCAGCCGCGGGCCUCACUCGGUUGCUAGGGAGUGCUGCUGCCACCGGCCAGGAACUGAGGCCUAGUGACCGGCUGACCCGCUGGGACUAUCAGAGAUGGACGCCACGGCGAAGCCCCUUAGAAUCCCCCCGCAGAUGGCCGUGUACGCCGAGGAACACAGGGUGUUUGACCUCAUCCAGAAAAUGGUACAGAAACUCCUCGUAGACCGACCAGAAGACCCUAUCCAGUAUCUGCUGGACCACUUACGCACAGAUAACGAUGAUGUUCCAAAGAUUUUUGUUUUGGGCCCACCUGCAUCAGGAAAGCACACUAUGGCAAAGCUGCUAUGUAAGCGUCUGAAUGCCACUCACCUCACUCCAGAGAAUUUGUUGUCAAAUGAUGUCUCCGUACUGGUGGAAGAAGCGCUCUCAUACACAGAUAAAGGCCAGGAAAUCCCAGACACGCUGUGGGCCAGAGUCAUCCAGGAGCGGCUGUCAAAAGUGGACUGUGUGAAACGAGGCUGGGUCCUCGAGGGAUUUCCCCAGACCAGGGAACAGGGAUUACUAUUACAGAUAAAUGGAUCUUCUCCUGAUCAUGUUGUGGUGCUGGAUGCUCCGGAUAUUGUCUUGAUUGAAAGAAACAUGGGAAAGAGAACUGACCCCACAACUGGAGAGGUUUACCACACAACCUUUGAUUGGCCGGAUGAUUCUGAAGUUCAGAGGAACUUGGUGGUACCAGAGGGGAUCUCAGAGGAGGAAACAGGACAACGGCUGCUGCAGUAUCACAGAAAUAUCCCUGGAAUUCUCCAGAUGUUCUCCAAGGUGUUGAAGAAGAUCAAUGCAGACCAGCCGUGUAUGGAUGUCUUCUCACAAGUUCUUACUUUUGUAUUAAGCAAACCACGUUCCCUGUCACCUUAUACGCCACGGAUCCUUCUGUAUGGGCCACCAGGCAGUGGAAGAAGCCUACAGGCUGCAUUACUGGCAAACAAAUAUGACAUUGUCAACAUUUCAUGUGGUCAAGUGCUGAAGGAAGUGGUUGCCGACCAAACAAAAGUCGGUCAAUUGAUUGAGCCGUACAUCGAGAACGCACAGCAAGUGCCAGAUAACCUUGUGCUGAGGAUCCUGGCUGACCGCCUUAGCAGAUUGGAGUGCGCUACACGUGGCUGGGUACUGCACGGAUUCCCGAGAGACGUGGAGCAAGCUGGUAUGCUGAAUGAUGCAGGAUUUGUCCCUAACAGGGUUUUCUUCCUGGAUAUCCCAGACGAUGUUGCUAUAGAGCGUCUGUCUUUACGUAUGACAGAUCCCGUCUCCGGAGAGAGGUAUCACAGCCUUUACAAGCCAGCUCCCAGAGUGGAAGUGUACAAACGUCUACAGCGGAACCCAGCGGACUCGGAGAAAAAGGUCCAGGAGAGGUUAGACAUGUAUCAUGCCAACGCUGAGGACCUGGAGGAAUUUUAUCAAGAUGUUUUUCACGUUAACGCUGAUCAAGACCCUUACACUGUCUUUGAGUUCAUUGAAAGCUGCAUUGUGAAACCGCUUCCCAAGAGUGUCCCUGAGGGUCUCCCGUCUCCCUAAUCAGCACAUACAGCAGUCUCUGUUAGCUUAGAUCAGCUAGUGGUGUUCUAGAAUUUGUUUUUACUUUACCACAGGGUGCCUGAACUUUCCAUUCCUGUUUACUCACCUGUGUGACACACUGGAGCUGUCACCUCUUACUGGAGCUGCCGCUGUUGACUUAGCUUGAUCACACUAACGUCAUAGCGAGAAUUAAAAUACAUUUAUUUUA